GAAGUCUUGAUGUCAGUUGUAGAUUUAGUGCUGUUUAGUUGCCUAGUAGUCAGUCCUGAGGAAUAGAGUACUCUCUUGUCUUUUUUCCCUUUCCUUUGCCUUCUUCUUUCCUUUCUGUUCUUCCCAUCAUCGGAAUCUAAGCCAGCGUUACAACCCACCAUCUCAAUCUUCAAUCCAUUCGUCUGAUUUAUUUCUUCUUCGCCUCGCAUCUCACUCCACUAGAAGGACGAUUUGUGCGUAACAAGAGCAUAGGAGCCAUCAUGUUUUCAAGAGCAUCAUUGAGAAUAGCUCAAAUCAUAAGAGCAAGGAAAGAGGAAGACAUGGUGGAUGAAAACGUCAACGAUGCCGAGAAGGAAACGCAAUCCAAUCGCAACAUCAGAAUAAAUAAAAACGCACACCAGUCUCCAAAUCAACGCGACAGAUACGUCAAUAGUCCAGAGAGACAACGUUGUCUCCUCACUUCACUAAGAUAUGAUCCGAGAGAAGAUGGCUCUCCACUCUACUCCUCCACUCAAACUUCACGUCCGAGUUCGGGCCUUCCUGAUCAACAUAAACCGGCCAUUGAAAAGAAAGAAAUCAAGAAUCAUAAACCCCCUCCUUACGAUUUACCUGAGCAUACGAGUUCGGCAUCCCAUUGUCAAUACAUCAGGGGCUUAAUUGAGAGAAGAAAAGCCGAAGUCCAAACUUUGGAGCGACAAUUAGAGGAAGAAAUUAGAAAAGCAGCACCUUCAUUCACGAACACGACUUCGCGCGUUGGAGAUCCUUUAUCUAUGCAUAGAAAUUUGCAGAGAGAAGCGGUGCAGGGAGAUACGGGGAAGGAAGGGACUCUCAGGACAGGUUUACCUGCGCAGAUAAAAGGAACAAUGCAAGAUAUAGAAUACUAUAUUCAACUCUGCAAUAAAACACGGGAUAUAAUGAUUAGGGACACGAAGCUGAUGCAGGAAUUCAAAAAUAAGACAGACCUGGAAAAGCAAAAGGAACGCGGUAAAUCAAUUCUUCAAUAGAAUUUGAGUGUAGAAGGAGAUAUCUUGAUCUACUGGUGUGGGAAGCGAAUAUAGACACCUGAAAAACGGGGUGCAUGAGCAACAUGUCUCUGAUUUUUCCACCCACUCAAUUCCAACUAUCUUCUAGCAAGCAGCUUGUUCCGGAGCAUUGUCAAAAAAGAACGAAUUUCCAGUCCCUUUGCCAAGAUUUUCUCCAAAAGACACUCAGCUGUCAAAUCUCACACCUGUCUGAAAACGCAUGGACAAUGACGGGUUUGAACUUCACUAAACUAUUGGAAUAUUGAGUCA